GGUCACACUAACGGACUGACAGAGUGAAAUUCUGAUAUAACAGCAGCAUCGAGUCAAAUGAAUACAGACACACAAGAUGGAGGAACUAUCAGCAGUGUUUCCGAUAUAGAUGAACAGCGGAAAUCCCUUCAUUUGGAUGCACUAAUGAUGACGUCAGUUAAGGAGCUGCUCCUAGAAACACUGGAGGAUCUGGGAGAUGAAGAGCUAAAAAUCUUCAAAUGGUUCCUGCAGCAGGCUGAAGUACUGGAAGACUUCCCAGCCAUCCCAAAGAGCCACCUGGAGAAGGCAGACAGGCUGGACACACUGGAGCUGAUAGUGCAAGCCUACAAUGAACAGUCUGUGGAGGUGACCAAGAAAGUGUUGACAAAGAUCAACAGGAAUGAUCUGGUUCAACAUUUUUCCAAUGUUAGCUCAGGACCUAAGCAUUUCCCACAGGCAGAAAAUAAAACUCCAGAACCAAUUGCAUCAUACCAGUGCACACUGCAAUCGCACCUCCAGAACAGAUUUAUGUGUGCACAAGAAGGAUGGACAGAAAGGAUAGAUAAAAAACAUCUAGAUGACAUCUACAUAGAGCUCUACAUCACAUACGGGAGUGCUGUGGACGUCAACAGGCAGCAUGAGGUCAGGCAAAUUGAGAUGGCUUUAAGAGGACCAGGCCAAACAGAGUUACCACUUCAACCCAGUGAUAUCUUCAAACAUCCCUCUGGAAAAAACACACCUGUAAGAACAGUGCUGACCAAUGGGAUUGCAGGAAUUGGCAAAACAUUCCUUGUACACAAAUUCAUUCUGGACUGGGCUGAAGGAAGAGCAAAUCAAGAUGUGCAUCUCACAUUCCCCUUCACCUUCCGUCAGCUGAAUUUACUGAAGGGGAAAAGGUUCCGUUUUGCUGAGCUUAUUCAUAAAUGUAUAAGGGAAACCAAAGACAUCAGGGAGGAGGAUCUUAAUGACAUCCUCACAAUAGUACAGACUUCAGGAAAUACCAACUAUGACAAGAGUAAAUAUAAACUUCUGUUUGUGUUGGAUGGCCUGGAUGAAAGUCGCCUUCAGCUCAACUUCACUACUGACAAAAAUCCCUCUAUUGAUGUGACACAAGCAAUUGGAGUAGAAGUCCUGCUGACAAGCCUCAUCAAGGGGGAACUGCUUCCUUCUGCUCGCCUAUGGAUAACCACACGACCAGCUGCAGCCAGUCAGAUCCCUCUUGACUUUGUUGACAUCAUGACAGAGGUGAGAGGGUUCACUGAUCCACAGAAAGAGGAGUACUUCAGGAAGAGAUUCAGAGAAGAGGAGCUGUGUGGCAAAAUCAUCUCCCAUAUCAAGGCAUCACAAAGCCUCCACAUCAUGUGCCACAUCCCAGUCUUCUGCUGGAUCACUGCUACAGUUCUGGAGGACAUGGUGAAGACCAAUGUGAGAGGAGAACUGCCCAAGACCCUGACCGAGUUGUACACAGAAUUCUUGGUGUUUCAGAUCAGACAGACAAAGGAGAAGUAUGGCACAGAGGAGAGCAUUCAGUAUAUUCAGUCACUUGCAAAACUUGCUUUUCACCAGCUUGAAAAAGGGAACAUCAUCUUUUAUGAAAAAGAUCUCAAAGAAAGUGGCAUUGAUUUUGAUAAAGCCUCAGUGUAUUCAGGAGUGUUCACACAGAUCUUUAAAAAAGAGCGCCAGUGGAGGAAGGACAAGGAUGAGGAUAAGAUGUUCAGCUUUGUCCAUCUGAGCAUUCAGGAGUUCUUGGCUGCUUUUUAUGUGGUACAGUCAAUCAUCAAUAGAAACAAAAAUGUAAUGAUGCAACAACAAUUCAGGUUCCAAAGCGUUCAGAUGCUUUUCAGUAAACCAUCUAUAGCCUCGAUCCAAAAAAUGGCAGUUGACCAGGCCUUACAGAGCCCAGAUGGACACCUGGACUUGUUCCUCCGCUUCCUUCUGGGACUCUUUGUGGAGGCCAAUCAGAAUAACCUAAAAGACCUGCUGAAACAGACAAUAAGUACUUCAGAGGCCAAUCAGGAAAUAGUGCAGUACAUCAAGGAAAAGAUCCGGAAGAAUCCAUCUCCAGAGAGGUGCAUCAACCUGUUCCACUGCCUGAAUGAACUUAAUGAUCAUUCUCUAGUGGAGGAGAUCCAACAGUGCAUGAGUUCAGGAAGUCUCACCAGAGAGAAAUUGUCCCCUGCUCAGUGGUCUGCUCUGGCCUUCAUCCUACUGUCAUCAGAAAAAGACAAAGAUGUGUUUGACCUUAGGAAGUACGCUGCUUCAGAGGAUGGUCUCCUGAGGCUGCUGCCAGUGGUCAAGAACUCAAAUGUAUUCUUUCUGAGUGGCUGUAAUCUGACAGAGAGAAGCUGUAAAGCUCUGACUUCAGUUCUCGGCUCCCAGUCCUCCAGUCUGAGAGAGCUGGACCUGAAUAACAACAACUUGCAAGAUUUAGGAGUGAAGCUGCUCUCUGUUGGACUGGAGAGUCCACACUGUAGACUGGAAACUCUCAGGCUGAGUGGCUGUAAUCUGUCCUGGAGAAGCUGUGAAGCGCUGUCAUCAGUCCUCAGUUUGCAGUCCUCCAGUCUGAAAAAACUGGACUUGAGCAACAAUGACCUGCAUGAUUCAGCAGUUGAGCUACUCUCUGAAGGAAUGAUGAGCCUGUGCUGUAAACUGGAAAUGCUCAGGUUGGAUAUAUGUAACCUGUCAGAGAGAAGCUGUGAAGCUCUGGCCUCAGUUCUUAGCUCCCAGUCCUCUAGUCUGAGAGAGCUGGACCUCAGUAACAACGACCUGCAGGAUUCAGGAGUGAAGCUGCUCUUUCCUGGACUGAGAAAUACAAACUGUAGACUGAAAACCCUGAGGUUGUCGGGCUGCCUGGUCACAGAGGAAGGCUGUGCUUCUUUGGCCUCAGCAUUGAGCUCCAACCCCUCCUAUCUGAGAGAGCUGGACCUGAGCUAUAAUCACCCAGGAGACUCAGGAGUAAAGCUGCUCUCUGCUGGACUGAAGGAUCCACAGUGGAGACUGGACACUCUCAAUUUGGAUCAUACUGGAGAGCACAGGCUGAAAUUUGGUCUGAGGAAGUAUGCAUGUGAACUCACCUUGGACCCAAACACAGCAAACACAUACCUCUCUCUGUCUGAGGACAACAGGACCUGUGACACUGGUGAGGAGAAGCAGCCAUAUCCUGAUCAUCCAGAGAGAUUCCACCACUGGAAGCAGCUGCUCUGUAAAAAUGGUCUGACUGGCCGCUGUUACUGGGAGGUGGAGAGGAAAGGGUGGGUGUCUGUAGGAGUAACUUACAGAGGAAUCACAAGGAAAGGAAAGGGUGCAGACUGUUGCCUUGGGCUCAGCAACAAGUCUUGGAGUGUGUGCUGCACUCAACACUCUUAUUCUGCUUUCACCAAUAACACAAUAUGUGCAUGGAUACAUACUCCCGUCUCUGUUUCAGACAGAGUAGCAGUGUAUCUGGACUGGCCUGGUGGCACUCUGUCUUUCUACAGAGUCUCCUUUGACAAACUGAUUCACUUCCACACCUUCCACUGCACAUUCACUGAACCUGUCUACCCUGCUUUUGGGUUUGAGUAUCUGAUUAGGUUUGACUCCACAGUGUCUUUGUGUCAGAGGGAGGGAGAGUGCUAAAAAGUCCUCUGUAAAAGAUCCCCAAAAAACAAGCAAAACCAAGAGCAUGGGAGUUUAAAAAUGUAUUUACAUGGAUUUAUAAGGUAAAGGGUUAGGCUUGCAUUGUUAAUAAUCUUCUAGAAGGAACUGCCUGCAGAGCUCAGAGACAGUUUUGCGUCGAGGCACAGAUCUGGGGAAGGCUACAAAAAAGUUUCAGAUGCUUUGAAGGUUUGCAAGAGCACAGCAGCAUAAUUCUUAAAUGGAAUAAGUUAGGAACAACCAGGACCGCACGUCGACUCCAAUCAAGGUGUAGGAACAAGAAAUAUCUGCAACUUAAUAAAACGUGAAAAAAGUGAAUACUGUUUGAAUGCACUGUGUUCAUGCAGCUGGUUUCACACUAUUCCUCUGAUCUAUAGAAGUAUGCUAGUAAGGAAAACAUGGAUGUAAACUUGUAAGGAUUUAAAACUUAAAGAAAUCAUCUUGGCAAAUGUGUAUCAGAAAGAAAAUGCAUUCAUUUGUUUGUUGGGUCUCACAGAUAAACAAGUGUUUGUGUUUUAUUAUUGUAUAACACUGACUGUAAAGAGAAACUUUGUUUACAAGAAAACUCCACCUGUCACCUUUAAUUCUAAAAACCUUUGCCUGUAAAGGAACCUAAUGGCAGCAUAAGCACUCAUUUUUAUGUCACCAAUGGGCAGAUAUGUAUAUUUUUUCAACACUCAUAUGAUUCUUUAUUAGAGCUGGGUAUCAUUGGAAAUGUUUUGGUACUAGUGCUGAUUCCAAAACCACUUUUAUGAUAUAUUUGAGAAAUAUGUGUUUUUCAAACAUUUUUCCAUUUAACAACAGAAAACUGUCUGAACAGAACGUUCUAAAGUUUUUAAAUAUUUGUUGCAAACUCAUAUUUUCAAUUUAAAUUUCUGUAUUUUAAAGCAGGAACUGUCUGAGUAAAAAACUCUUUAAGCUGCAAUAUCUAAUAUUUUUAUACUAAAAUUGAUCAAAUAACUAUGUGCAAUGAGAAAGUGGAGACAAACCCACAGAGAACUGACACUAGCUCCCUUCAGCUCUAUGGACCAUUUUAGUAGCAUUCAGUUUUAUUGUCAGUUCAGUCUUAGUGCUCUCAUGAUUGUCAUUUCCAGCAGCAGCAGAAGGCAGCUGUUUUCAGUGAAAAAGCUCUCAUAAACCCGGUGUGCAUGAACCCCACAUCACCACAGACAGUUAGCAAUUAUUAGCUAUUUUAGCUGUUUAAGAGAUAGAUAUUAAGAGUUGGUAGAGGCCAAAACAUAGCCAUAAGUUUUAGACUAAUAUGAGCCAGGCCACAAAAACAGACUUGUUUCAAAAGACUUGUUUCAGCUUGUUUAAAAUGACAAUGCUAGAUGUCCACUAUCAUGCUUCAGCUUUUAAACACAGCCAUGAAAUACGCUUACUACAGAGAAAUAAGCGCUAAGAGCUAGUGUGCACAGUAUAUCUGAAUUUACUCCCAAACACAAAUAUCACCACCUUGGAAUGGGUGUACAUGUAAAAGAAAUAAAUACUAGUUACAUGUAUCAGGACUGAACAACAUUUUAUUUUGUACUUUUCCAGAACUUCUGUACAAUACCAAAAUUUUCUAGAUUUAGAAAUGAUCACCUCUGAAAGUAAUCCAGCCUUUAUAGAGCCACAGAGGAACCCUGCCUUAAGCACAACACAACACAACCAAACAGGGAUAUGAUCUUUUCACUUCCACCUCAGGAAGUUUGUUGCAAUCAACAUUUUGGCAAUCACAUAUAUUCUGCUAGGAGCUGCAUGUCAUAUAAACAUUCUAUAACAUAAUAAAAGAAAGACAAAGGAAUGCCCUAUAUUAGUAAUCUGAUUUGAAUCUUCAGCAAAAUGAUCCCUGCCAGUGGGCCUAGGGUUUGACAAAACACUGACAGCAGAGUCAAACUGCUCUUCUGCCCAACAACAUGUCUGUGGAGAGGCCAGGGGGCAAUGGAGGGCAGAAAGAAAUGUGCACAGCAGCCAUUCAUUUAUCUGACCCACUUGUCUCAUGUUGAAAAGCUUCUUGCUGAUGAACCAUCUGUUUAUGGGAUUAAAACAAAAGUAAACAAACA